AAGUCAGGUUUAGAAAUUUAAAUGACAACAUUUAUUGAAUUUUUCUUAUUAAAGUUUUGUUUUUAAUAAAAAUAAAAGUAUAUUUUAGAUUUUUGAGACUUUUAUCGGUGUCAAAUACUCUAUUAUCGAAAAAUUGUUCGUAAUCGUCCACACUAUAAAUUUCGAACCUCGAAGUAAUCUGGUUGAUAAAUAUUUGCGGGAGGUCAAAAACAAGAUAAAAUUUAUUAUUAUACUACGAGUACUUAUUAAACAUAAUGAAAUAAAUUCCAUCUAACAACGUAAAAGGAGGGAAAAUUACAAAAUCAUAACAUCAAAAUUAUUCAAUAACAAAAACAUAUGACAGUUAUUAAAAUUGCUUAAUUAAUAUUUUCAAAACAACUAAAACAAUCGUAACAAAAUAACAAUAUAAAAAAAUUAUAACCUCUAUUUUAUCAUAUUGUACCGUUUUGUAUGUUCAAUUUCGCAAAUUUCCGAAAAAAUAUAAUCGCCGCCAUUAAUUUCAAUAAUCUAUGUAUCAAUAAGUUUGUUCGCGAUUCGAUUCCGAAUCGGUUUAGGAACCGAUCGCAUGUUUAGAGACAGAUGCCCUUUUUCCAUCUUCUUAUAGUACAGUAGCAGUUCUCUAUCAUUAAUCUUAACAACUGAUUAGUAAUCGAUUCUAAAUUAACCCGCAAAUAAAGCUAUUAAUAACGAUUCCAGUUCUUUUUAUCUGUCAAGGUUAUGUAUACGAUUUGAAAUCAUUCAGACAUGAGACUUCGAAGUCAUUGCGAGAUAAGAGAAACGGAAACUUCCAUUAAAAUACUGUAUUCGUUUCAAUAUAAUAAUAAUCACUACUCAUCCUCCAUACUAUAACAAGUUAUAUUUUUAAACAAAUUCUCAAUUACAAAAUAAGCAGUUGAUUAAAAUCGGCUGUUACGUUUGUGUGCUGUGAGUAGUGGAAUCGAAAUUCUAUCCAUCCGGGGUUAAUAUUAAACGUAAUCGUAGUUUCAAUUGCGCAUAUUUUUAAACGUAAAUAAAUUCAUUAUGUGCAUAUUGUAUUAUAAUAUCGAUAAGUUGUGUCAAUAUUUAGGUUGAUUAUGUAAAUAUAAACAGUUAUAAUAAAUAUUAUUGAGUAGAAUCGAUUGUUUUUCAUGGAGUUUUGUCAAGCUAGAAUACCAAACACUGGUAUAGAUAAAAGUAAAAUUGAUCGAAUUCUUGAGAACCCUAUUUUGAAAGCUUUUGCAUCUGGAUCAUGUUCUGGAAUAAUUUGUACUACUUUACUGCAACCGUUGGAUGUUAUAAAAACUCGUCUACAAAAUCCCGUACUGUCACUCACAAGUCAUUCAACUGGUACGAAAAUCAUCCCCAUAAUCACAGAUGUCAUAAAACACGAACAGAUAUCAGGAUUAUGGAAAGGAACGACUCCUGCAUUGAUGCGAUCCGUACCUGGUAUAGGAUUAUAUUUCUGUUGUUUGGAAUACGUUAAAACGCGUUUCUUCAACAAAAAAACACCAUCUCCUAGUGAAUCGAUAUUUAUAGGUGUAAUCGCACGAAGUAUGGCUGGUGCCACUUUAAUGCCGAUGACCGUUGUCAAAACAAGGUUUGAAAGUGGAGUGUAUCAAUAUAGCGGAGUAAUGGUGGCGUUACAGGAUAUAUUUCACCACGAAGGUAUUAAAGGUUUAACGAGAGGAUUAGUCCCUACGAUAUUCCGAGACGCUCCCUACGCCGGGAUCUAUUUCAUGUUUUACAAUCAAACCAAAUCUGCUGUACCUAAAGAUAUUUAUUCGAUGUAUCCAUCUCCGGUUCAUUUUACGUGCGCAUUGGUAUCCAGUACUUUGGCGUCUUUGGUUACCCAACCUCCGGAUGUAUUCAAGACUCAACUUCAACUUUAUCCUAAUAAAUACAACGGGUUAUGGUCGGUGGUAGUUCAUAUAUACCUUCGAUAUGGUAUAUUGGGAUAUUUCCAAGGUAUCGUACCCAGACUGAUGAGACGCACACUAGUCGCAGCUAUAUCGUGGACGUUGUACGAAAAAGUGAUGACCAGAAAAAGUAUUUAGUAAUUUUAAGGUUAUUUAUAUAAAUAUUUAAUUGUUAAUAAAAUUUUUAAUAAAAGAAAAAA